UCCACCUUGGAAACUUCAUACCUGCAUAUUUUAUGCGAAAAGUCUAGGGAAUAGAGAGGAAUCACUGAUCUUUUUCAACUUACAAAACCAAAAUCUGUUCAUUUUGAACUUCGAGUCCUUGUUAAAAAGGACAGUUUGAUUUCUAUAUCGUAGGGCUGUGCCUCGCGAAAUCCCCUAAAGAUCAAUCACUCCGCAGCAGUGCAGACUACAGCUAUAACUCUGUUUUGCCUCGUAUACAUAAGAAUUUAAAACGAGUUUCAUUUCCACAACUUCGAUUCUUCUUUCAAUCUUACAAAGACUUCCAUAUUCUCGAGUCCUCUCCCUUUUAACACAAAAAUCUCCAACGAAAACGAUGAAUCUCCGUAAUAACCUCUUUGGCCAAGGGUCAAGAGCUUCAAGAGGGGAGCAACAACCAGCAGGUUAUGGUAGAGCUCCAGCACCUCCUCCUCGGGAAGACACUGCUAUGAGUGGCUAUGAUGAGACAAAAUAUAACCCUGCUGGACGUGGACGAGAGUUGCCUAUAAAAUCAUCAAAAUCAGGUCCAAUAUCUCACAGGAGAGCACAACUAAAUAUCGCCAAAAUCGAAGAUAAAACAAAGGCGAAUCUAUACAUUUUUGGCAAUUUGUGAGUAGCUUGGUUCACAUGUAAUGCACUGCUUGUGCUGACAAUUUUGCAAGGUCCGCAGUAUCCCCUACGGACUUUCCGCAUAACCCAGACGGAUCGGAUAUAUACCUUAUAUUGAACGGCAUGUUUGUGGUUACUGCAAGGCCCUUGGAUGGCUUCCCUCAAGGAUGUAUUAGUUUGUCGGAUCCUCAAAGAACGUGGUGUAAUGUUGGAAUGUUGGAUCCAAUAGCCGCGGAAACAUACGAUCCCUUCAUUCAAGGGCCUUCAGCAUAUCUUGGUGCUCUUGACGUUGAGGUUGGAUUUGCCUCGGCGAAGAAGGUCUCAGAUAUGCCUUAUGACCAAGAUGAACUGGCCGCCGUGUUCAUCAAGUGGUUCGAGAACCAAAUCUUUGCUCCUGGUCAAAGGCUGUUGAUGGAUUUCAAAAACGUCCCUUUGUCAUUUCUUGUAAAAACAGUUCAGUUAUCUGACUUGAGGAUGGAAAAAAGCGCUGAGCCCUCUCCAACCGUCAGUGUUCCACAGGCUCGGGGUAUCUUAGUGAGGACAACACCCAUCACAUUCUACAAAGAUGCAAAAUCACCCAUUAAGUUAAAGGGAUCGAGUAAGCGGCCGGCCGCUAAUUCUAUCAUCGCACCGGACUUUAAAUUCGAAAAUAUGGGCAUUGGCGGUUUAGAUACAGAGUUCAGUGCUAUUUUCCGAAGAGCUUUCGCUUCUCGUAUCUUUCCCCCUGGUUUAAUUGAGAAAUUGGGCAUUCAGCACGUGAAGGGUAUUCUUCUCUUCGGUCCUCCGGGUACUGGAAAGACGCUUAUUGCCCGCCAAAUCGGAAAAAUGUUGAACUCAAGAGAGCCCAAGGUAAUUAAUGGUCCCGAAGUACUUAAUAAAUACGUUGGUCAAUCCGAAGAAAACAUCCGAAAGCUCUUCGCAGAUGCCGAAAAGGAGUACAAGGAAAAGGGAGACGAGAGUGGUCUUCAUAUCAUCAUUUUCGAUGAAUUGGAUGCUGUAUGCAAGCAAAGAGGCAGUGGAUCAGGUGGUGGAACUGGUGUUGGAGACAGUGUUGUCAACCAACUGCUGUCUAAACUCGAUGGUGUUGACCAGCUCAACAAUAUUCUUCUUAUUGGAAUGACCAAUCGUAUGGAUAUGAUUGAUGACGCUCUUCUUAGACCUGGACGUCUGGAAGUUCAUAUGGAGAUUUCUUUGCCAGAUGAAGCUGGCAGAGCACAAAUCCUUAAGAUUCAUACUUCCAAGAUGUUAAAGAAUGAUGUUAUGGAUUCAGAUGUGGACGUUGCUGAACUCGCUCAUCUAACCAAGAAUUUCUCGGGAGCUGAAAUUGGUGGUCUCGUCAAAUCGGCCUCAUCCUUCGCUUUCAAUAGGCAUGUCAAAGUUGGCACCGUUGCGGGAGUUAGCGACGACAUUGAAAACAUGAAGGUUAACCGCAGCGAUUUCAUGCAUGCCCUCGAUGAAGUUAAACCCGCAUUUGGUGUGUCUGAGGAAGAACUUGAAGGUGCCAUGGCAGCAGGUAUCUUACCUUUCAGCAGGCACAUUGAAACCAUUCUCAAAGAUGGCCGUCUGUUCAUAGAUCUUGUAAGACAGUCGAAAACGACAUCUCUGUUCUCUGUUCUCCUUCAUGGACCCCCUGGUGCUGGUAAAACUGCCCUUGCAGCAGCUAUUGCCAAAAGCUCGGAAUUUCCAUUCAUCAAGCUUGUUUCCGCUGAGAACAUGGUUGGUUUCGGCGAUGGCCAAAAAAUUCAAUAUCUCAACAAGGUCUUUAUGGAUGCAUACAAAUCUCCUCAAAAUAUUGUUGUUAUAGACAAUAUUGAGCGUAUUAUAGAAUGGGUUCCUAUCGGUCCUAGAUUUUCCAAUGCGGUUCUACAAGCCCUCAUGGUUCUUCUCACUAAACAACCACCAAAUGUAAGUACUCUACAUUCUUCCGCUAUACCAUGAUACUAACACAUUUUUAGCAACGUCGUCUCUUAAUCAUAGGCACUACAUCUCAACGUAGCGUCCUCAAACAACUCGAUCUUCAGCCCAUCUUCAACCGUGAACUCGCAGUCCCUAACGUCAAUACUUUCAGCGAAUUAGCAACUAUAUUGCGAGAAGUCCAGGCGUUCGAUAACGAGGGCGAUUUGCAAGAGUCGUUGAAUCAACUGAAACAAUAUACGGAGAGUGACAGUAUCGGCGUGGGUAUCAAAAAGGUACUGUUAGCCGUAGGGGAAGCGAAACAGGAGAAGAAUAAUGUAGCAGCUAGGUUUGCCGAUAUCAUGGAACAGUUGAUUGCGAGUGGCAGGGAUUAGGUGGAUUGGAAGGACAUAGAAGGUACCUUGGCGUUGGAUAUGGGUAUGAUAGAUAGAGUUAUUUUUAAUAGAUGUUGAGAUUAAGUGGAAGAAUUAGAUUAAUCCCAGAGAUCAUCGCAAUUAAAAUGUUUACGUGUAUUAA